AUGAACCACCAGACAGCACCGCCAACGAGAGCAAGACCGAUCACACCUACGAUCACACCGCCUACGAUAACACCUACAUUGGUUCUUCUGUUGCUCGUUGAAGUGGUACCGGAGGUGGUGGGGGCUACAUUGCCAGUGGAGGUUGCAGUGCCUAUAGCUGUGGAGUCGGGCGGAUGGGUGUCGGCGAGGGCUUCUGCACUUGUCACGUCGAAAUUAUCUAGUAAGGAAAUGUCAAGAACCACGAGGAGAUCGAAGAAAUCGAGGCGAUGACAACGUACCUCUGGUCAUGGAAGCGUUCCGAGAAAAAAUCGAGGUUCACCACAUACGGGACACUUGGACCGCCUUGACAAAUGGCACAAGCUUGCAACAUAGAAUAAUGCACAGAACUACAUUGGCAUGGUGUAGCCGUUGAAGGUGAAGGGGGUAGAUAAUGGGAACUUGGAUGCAAUGCUUCAACAUACGCGUCUGAGAUGUGUGUAAGUCAAUCAGGUUCACAAUACGCAGAAGUUCGUAACACCC